CACACUCACACACACUCAUUUCUUUAUCACCACCACAAUGGUCCGCUCAACGACCAUCUUCCGCGUGAGCGACGGGCUGCCGCUCGCCGCGAGCGUCGACGACGAGACGACCGAGAAAGCCCUCACAGAGUACAAGCAGCAGUCCAAGCUCAUCUUCCGCCGCUUGACGCCCAACUCUGAGCCGGCGUGCUCGAUCGAGAGCGGGGAUUAUACGUUGCACUACCUCAUCGUCGGAAACGUCAUCUACAUGUGUAUCUGCGACCAGUCGUACCCGCGCAAACUCGCCUUCAGCUACCUCGACGAGCUGAGCAAGGAGUUUCAGCGGAGCUACGAGGGCAAGAUUGACGGCGCGACGCGGCCGUACGCGUUCAUGGGGUUCGACACGUUUAUUUCCAAGACGACACGCCUGUACCGCGACUCGCGGUCGCUCACCCAGGGCGGAGGCAAGGCCGGCCCCAGCUCGCAGCUCGACCAGCUCAACGAGAACCUCCAGGACGUGACGCGCAUCAUGACGAAGAAUAUGGAGGAUCUGCUGUGGCGCGGCGACAGCCUCGACCGCAUGUCACACCUCUCCACGUCGCUCCGCUCAGAAUCGGCAAAGUACAGGAAAGCCGCACGGCGGAUCAACAUUGACGCCCUGAUACGCAAGUGGGCGCCCGUGGGCGGUAUUGGCUUCUUCGUCAUCCUCUUCAUUUGGUGGCGGUUCUUCUGAGCGAGGAGAGGGAGGGGAUGGGGAGAGGGUGGUGGAGACAGACGGAUCGACAGCGAGGAUAUGGACAGCCGGGCCGCGCGGCUGCCUGGCACAACACCCGGCCACCCGGCUCGCACACCCGGGCACUGCAGCACACACACACACACUGCACAGUGUCGCUAUAGUAUGCAUCAGCGUAGCGAGCAAAUGCAGGGUAC